UUACGACGUGAAGUUACAACUUGCACAUUACGUGUGUACGCGUGAAUCACCAUAUGGUCCUUUUGUGAAUAUUUUGAUCAACAUGUUUUAAUUUGAAGCAUUUUUCCAGGGUGAAUGGUCAUUAUUGGCAUAUUUAGGAGGGUCUUGAUUGAUGUGCUUAUCUCCUGGCAUUAAAAACAGCACUGUGCAUCAUUCAGUAUGAAAGCCAAUAUCUUGAGUGUCGUUUUCCUGGGCCUGCACGUCAGCAUUAUUGUACACGGCCAAGGGACACCUAACCAGGCUGGCCAGCAGCAACAUCAACAGGCAGUACCAGUACAGGCUGGUCAGUCACAGGGCUCACAGGUGCACAUGGGCCAACCGUCCGGCCAGCCUAAUCCCCAGGUCCACCAGAUGAACCAGGGAGGCAAUCCGAACAUCAUAAAAGUUCACACCCAGGACAAAGGCCACAUCAUGGAGCACCUGGACGGCGUGAUCGACAAGCCCGAGAGCGAGAUGACCAAGGAGGAGCUGCAGUUGCACUACUUCAAGCUGCACGACUACGACAGCAACAACAUGCUGGACGGCACGGAGUUGAUACAGGCCAUCACCCACUACCAGGACAGCGACCGAAGCAGCAAGGUCAUGGGGGAGGAGGAGCUCAUGUCCCUGCUGGACCCCAUCCUGCAAAACGAGGACCGCAAUCGGGAUGGGUACAUCGAUUACCCAGAAUAUGCCAAAAGUCAGAGGACUGCUUAAAAACAUGCUACAGGCCAAUGUGGUCAGAGUUCCAAUUGUCUUCCUCCAGAAUGGUGCUUGCAAGAUUUUUCCUUUAACUUGUUUUUAGAUUUUCUUGUCCUUGUACCCUUAUAAGCAGUUCCUGGGCAACUAGGGAUCAUAUUAGGAACAAACUAUAAUGUGUUUGUGUGAACACACCUGCAUCAGUCUCCUGGGACACAUUGCCUGAUGUCCCACUAGAUGCCUUACAGGAGCAAUACUCUUGUGUCAACAGAAAUCUCUCUUGGAUUAAUCAGUCACAGAACCUGUAGACAGUAGUGCAUAUCAGUUGCAACAUAUCUGCACUGCAGAUAUCAACAUUGCUUUACUUUUUUCCCUUUUUUUGUGUUCCUACAGCAAGGGAUACAUAAAGUGCCUUAAGUAGAUUUUUUUUCAAUAAGGUGAGAUAGAUUUCUCUGAGUUUAGUUGGCAGUAAAAUGUAACUAUAUCUCAGGUUUCAAAUCUGACCUGGUUCUGCGCAACCCACUGAUAGUGGUUAGAUUAGCAGCCAUACUGAGCCUCUACAAUGUAUUGCAGGCCAGUCAGGUAUGUCCGCUGACAUUUCAAAUCCAACGAGGAAUACUUUACGAACACUGGUAGCACUGAAAUAAAGAAGUCGUAUUUCAUAGUGUGUUUUCAGUUGCCGUCAAGGAAAUCAAAUGAAGCAAUGCCGGAGUAGUUAUCAAAACUUUCCUUUGGUCACAGGAAUCAAAUUGUUUUGUUUCAUUUUGGGUAUUGGGAUUUUUCUCUUGUAGAGAUGGGCUUCCUUACACCAUCAAUUUGUUUUUUCUUUAAAAGUCUGGAGCCACUUACCUUAUCAGGGCUCAUCUUUAUCCCAUUAUUAUGUCUUCCACGGUGUCUUAAAUUGGCAUCCAGGAUUUUCAUGUGUGUUUUUAUCUUUCUUUUUGAUCACAAAAUUCCGAUUUGAAUGCAUUCCUUGUUAACUUAAUACAAUCAUGUAGUAAUGUAGCACUUGCAGGGAAAUACCUAUUUAAGUGCCUUGUAUUGAGCGCCAUAUUUGAACUCGGUAUUUUUUUCUGUCACUCUGUCUCCUCUUCGGUGUUUUUUCAUUUUCCCUUGGAGUUUUAAGGUUCCCUUUUUUUCACUUUCAAAGUGAUUGUCAGGUCGUAAAUUCUUGCCAUUAUUGCUCAUCCAGAUUUCCUUUAUGUAAAUGCCACAAAUGGUGCGACUACAGGCAAGGCAAAGCAUAAAUAAUUUACUGAAGAUUUAUUUCAGGGUGAUCACAUGAAGUAAUGUCAUGUACCUGUAAGCCGGUACAUAAGCUGCGUUGAACAUAAGCGCGGCUUCAAUCAUGGAUACACUCGACACCAUACUGAACAUCAGGGAAAGGAUGACCUAAUCCUGGAAAGUCUAUAGUUAAACAUUUUGAAAUUUAUAUUUACUCCAAAAUUUCAGAUUGAACAAUGAGUAAAAUGGCGCUGUUAUAUCAAGAACAGCAUAAGAUGCGUGUCAUUGAUUGGCCAAUCAGCAAUUCACGUGAUUGUCAGACUUCUAUGCUGUUCAAUGAUUUUUAAAACUACUUAAUUAAAAAUCAUAACAGAUUUUUA